CCCCUCUUUCAUUUUAGCAUUUUAGAUUCUCACUAAAGAGCACUAAAGAGUUUACCUUUUCUUUUUUUUUUUUCAUUUUACCUGUUUGUACCUGCUUAACACUUUUCAAUAAAUCCACAGGGGUUGAAAAAUUUUAUAACCACUCUGGAAAAACUAAUUUUUUUUCCUCAACUCAUGUAUUACAAUUAUUUAAAUAAAUUAUCAAUCAAUAAUUAAUAAAUUGUUAAACAACAAAAAAUACCUUGUGUCAAGUGAAAAACUAUUUAAAAAAAAAAUUUUUUUUAAAAAGUUAUGAAAGACUGCAUUAUGAAAACUCAAUCAUUAAAUAAUCAAUUAUAUACAUUUUUGGAAAAAGGAGGAGGAAUUCAAGAUGAAAAAAAGCCUAAAAAAUUAUGUGGAAAAAUUAUUAAGGUGAUAAUUUAUGUAAAUUUAUUGAUCCUAUUUAUUGGAGCAAUUAUAUUAGUAAGCACUAGAUCAAUUGAUGAUUUAGAUGUAGCUAAAAAUUUUUUUAACACAAAGACAAAAAAUGAUGAUGUAAUUGUUAAUAAUGACACAAAAUUAACAACAAUUGAACCCCUGGAAACAUUUCAACUGGAUAUAUUUAAUUCAAAUAAUAAUGUUAAUUUAGACAGUUUAAUAAGUGAGGCUGAAACAUUGAGACAACAGGUGUUGCUUGAAAUACGCAUGGCUGAUUCAAUGGAAGGUGGCUGGAAUGAAAUCAUUGAUUCAGAUAUCAUCCAAUUACAAAAAAAUGCAACUUAUCUUAUUGUUAAAUAUUUAUUUAAAGAUGAUGAUGCUGAUAGUAGCAAUAAUAAUCAUCAAAUUGAUAAUCAAAAAAUUAUUAAUGAAGCUGAAAUUAUAAGUAGUAGAUUAAAUUGGAUCAUGGUUAAUAUAUAUUCAAAUGAUGAGUUAUGGAAUUAUAAAUUUAUAUCAAAAUCAUUGAUUGAAUUUAAAGUUCUUAAUCGUUGGAGAAAUUUAAUUAAUCGUAUUUAUGAUUGGAAGUAUCGUGUUAUUAAAAAUAAUAUUAUAUUUCCAAAUGAAUUACCAACAUUGGCUGAAGCUACUGCAGCUAAUAACAAAUGGCUAUUAGAAAAUAAUAUUGAUUUUAAAAAACCAGAAAAUGUUGAUCGUUCAGAAGGAGCUGAGGACAGUUAUAUUGAUGACGGUGAAGAAUAUGGUACUCCUCAAGAGCCUAAAGACGAAGAUUAUGAUGUGAUUCCUCAAGAGCCUGAAGACGAAAAAGUGGAAACUGGUGAUGAUGAUGAUGAUGAUGAAGAUGAAGAAGAACAUAACGUGAGUGACGAGCAUGAUGAUGAUGAUAAUGAUGAUGAAGAUGACGAUGAUGAUGAUGAUGAAAGUACAACAUCAGAUGAAGAUAUGGUUAUAACCGUUCAAGAAGACGAAACAAUAGUCGAUUAAUACGCUUACUCAUAAAAAUUUUUAACAUUCAAAAAAACAAUUGAAAUAAACUACUUUUAUAACACAAUAAUUGAAUAAUAAAAA